CUGGCACUGCCCCUUUCCUGUUAUUUGCUGUGCUUUUCCUGUUUUGGCUUAAGUGGUGCCACAGACCUACAGAGCUCCUUCUUGAAUUUGCAGAAUGAAUCCUUGGUGGAGAGUGGAGAAGCAUGUCAAGGGAUCAUAUUGGUGUUCAGCAACAAGACUGACAGACUGGUGUGUGAUGAUCAAUGGAGUGUGGAGUCUCCGCUCGCUCAUGUGGUGUGCAGAGAAUCUGGCUGUGGGACACCAAACAUAACAUGGACACCGAAGUCUGCUCCACAGGGCUCAUUAGAAGCUCUUCAAGGAAUACGCUGUACAGGAAAUGAGUCUAGUGUGAGUGAAUGUGAGAGCCCAGGGGAAUCAGUGCAGUUCUGUGCCACAGAGAAAAUUGCUGCCAUAUCAUGCAACCAGAACUUCACGGAGCCAAGAGAUAACAGGUCAUGGAGACUGUCCAGGGGCCGUUCUUCCUGUGAUGGGCACAUGGAGGUAUUUGGAGAGGGCAUAUGGAGUCCUGUAUGUUUUACAAGCAUUAAGGGAAUGGAUGCUGCCUUCUUCUGUGAACAAAUGGGGUGUACGCCUCAACAGCCCCUUUUCUCGCUGCUUAACAAGGGAAAGUCACCCAUCUCUCCUGUAACAAUACAGUGUCCAGAGAACAAGACUGCACUCUGGGAAUGUGACCAUCAAGUGGUUGAUAUGUGUGUAUCUGGUCUGACCACCUACCUGCAGUGUAACCGAUCCAGAAUGGAGGAGUCUUGGCUUGUUUGGCUCACCAUAUGCCUUGCUGCUGUAAUGAUCGUCGUGUUCUGUUGGGUUCGUGUGGUCAAGUCCACAAAGUGCUGCGUUCAGUGUUUACACAAGAACAUCACGUCCCUGUUCUGUAAGAAACCACAAAGUCGAAGGGAGUUGCAUUCACGCAGGAAUAUUUAUCACAGGGAUCUCAUCAAUGUUACUGUGCAGGAAGCACAUAGCCCCCCAUCUUCUCCUGGAAUUAUUCAAGACCCAAGUGAAGUCAAUGCUUUGCUGGCUCCUCAUGGCUUCCGUCUGAACAACACCAUCACCCCUCCACCUAGUUAUAUGCAUGCGUUGAAGGUCCUGUCCAGGCCUUUGGAGAACACUCAGACUCCGCCCCCAAGUUACCUGGAAGCUCUGAAGAUUCUUUCCCGGCCAAUCUUGGUCCAUGUAAAUGCAGAUGACUGUAACGAGGACAAGGAGGACCUGACAGUCCUAACACACAAAGAUAAAGAAGAGAAGUCAAAGGACAAUUCAUAG